AAUUCAAAUUUCAGCUACAUUAAGCCGCAUAGCUAUUAAAGUCGCAAGUGGAAAAUACAACCUUAAGAAAUGGACGAACCGGCGGUCACUUAAAUUCUUAUUAAAUCUAGUUAUAACAAGCUUAAAUAAACAAAAAAGUAACGUUAUUAUUUAAUGCAGAGAAACAAAAACAAUCAUUUUUGCUUAUGGCUUUUUAAUUAAAAAAGUCAUUUAGUCAUUUGUACGAGUAUUCUUUGUAUUAAAACCUGGUUUUUAUAUGUAAAAAAAUCCUAACACAUACUCCAAUUGUCAUCAUUUGCUAAAAAACCCCGAAGCUUGCGUCUGAGUCCUAAACUCCUAACCUCAGAAAACCUUAACCACACUAUUAUGACCAAUUAAAUAUGACAUACCAUUAUGAUAAUAUAGUUAGCUACGGUGCGUCGCUCGAAUAAACAUAAACAGGUUGUGUCCAGGAUGUUUUCGUAAUAACCUGUCCAAUCUUCACUUUUUGCAGUCAAAUGCAUUUGCUAGCCUGUCGAGGCGAACUAAUCAUAGCGCACUGAGGUACCUACUAUACUACUCAAUAGAAUUUUAAAAACAUAUCAGCAAUUAUAAACUUAUGUUUAUCGUGCCAGAUAAAUUAUAUAAGUCGUCAUAGCCAAAAGCAUUCCAAACCUUAAUGUCGUUCGAAAAAAUGGGCAACACCAACAAUAGAUACAUCAUAUUUGUAUGGGAUCAACUUAUGGGCAAAUUCCAUGUGCCGUGAUUUUUGCAUAGUAAUGCCCUCAAUUUUCAAAAACCAGUUAAAAUGUAUAACAUCAUCCUAUCCCAAUUAUAUUUUUGAAGCUGGUUAGUGUUUAUAAUAUUUGAUUUAACGUUAAGAAUUAAUAAGUGUUGAUUUUCCUGAAUCCUUAGUUUAUUCUGAAUUUAUCCUUGAGAUAAUUCUGUGCGGAGUCAGUAAAUUACCUCAAAGCCGAGGUAAACGUUAUAGUCAUGUAAUCAUGACUCAUUUUUCUAUAGCAAGGCGUGUUAAAUAGUCCACUGCUGCCGUUGUAACAAGAAUAACUAAAUAAGUGUAUUAUUAUAUUCAAAAUUCCAAACCGAGCACACAUAUGGAUGUGAAUGUGACUGUUUUGUAAAAUGGAUUCAACGCAAUCAGACGCAGAUACAGAAGCUUGUAGGCAUGAAGUGGACUGCGUGCCCCUGCUGCCACUGAGUGAUUCAGUUCGAGAUCGUAUAUUACCGAAACAAUACAGCACUCAGUCACUCACAGGGCCGUCUAGUUUCUACAGAAUAGACAGUGCAAGACGCACCAGUGAUGCGACAGAAGUUUACCAGUGCCAGAGAAAAUACGCCCCUGAAAACGGCAUUCGACCGCGCUUCAACACAGUCAACGAUGUCUUUACUGACGAGAUACGCAGGCUUCGAGAGCGAUUAGAUACCCGGUUACAUGAGGCUGUUAUUGAUCAAGACAUACCAGAAAUCGAGCGUAUGAUUGCGAAUGGAGCUUCGCCCGCGGCGCUCGACCACUCCGGGUUGACACCCCUACAUUUGUGUAUACUUCAUAAACUAAUCAAACCAUUCGAAGCGCUGUUACAACACAAAGAUAGCGCUAACGUCAGAGAUGCACGUGGUCUAUCAGUACUGCAUGUGGCCGUGUUGCAUCGCUGGUUGCCAGGCGUGGACGCUGCGUUGGCAGCCGGCGCUGAUGUUACAGCACUGUGUGAUGCUAGCAAACCUUUAUUAUCCCACUCACUUAAUUGCGAGAGAUACCAGCAUGUUUCUUAUGAAGACUUCGUUCUUGCAUUUGUUCAAACACCAAUCCAAUUAGCGACGAAAGUGGGAGACUUAGCCAUGCUUUUGAAACUUUUAGAUGUUGCUGAACAAAUGGGAGUUUUAAACUGUCAUAACAAAAAAGGCCAAACACCCCUGUACACGGCUAUUAUGAAUGGUAACUUAGAGGCUGUAGAAAUUCUUUUAAAAAAAGGAGCAUGCGUGAAUAAUGUCUCAAACAAAAGAGAAACUGCUUUGCAUAUCGCUGUGCGGAAACCUGCUAUUUUAAAAUAUUUGCUGGAUAACACAAAUUGUCCAAGCUCCUUUAGUGAAUACGGCUACGCACCAAUUCACAAAGCUGCAUAUUGUAAUAAACCAGAAUCAGCAAAAUUGCUUCUGAACAAGUUUAAUAAUAUUGAGUUAAAAACAGUAUCAGUAAAAAGUAAUGUAAAGGAGGAAAAAUCAGGUGGUUGUACGGCUUUACACAUGGCUGCAAAAUAUUUUAGUAACGAAACAGGCGAAGUUUUACUGGAAAUGGGUGCUAACCCUAAUGAAGUUGAUGAUCUUGGAAAUACUCCUCUACAUGUAGCAGCCAAAACUAUGAACAGGACUAUGUCUCAGAUACUUUUGCGCAAUGGUGCAGUGCUAUCAGCUAAAGAUCAGGAAGGAAAUUCUGCAUUGCGAAUAAUAGCUACAAAAUUUCAUGAUGCUCUAAACUUUUUUGAACUGGUGUUUGACGAAUUUGUCUGUACUAAGGGGUUAUAUCCCAUGGGGACAACUGUAGUUUGUGUAAACUAUGAAGUGCUUUCCAGAAGCAGUGAUUCAAGACAGAUAAAGGCUAUAGAGGAAUUUGUGAGCUGUGGUCUACGAAAAAUACUUUUGCAUCCAUUUAUUGAAAGCUUAUUGUAUUUGAAGUGGAGACAACUUUUGCCAAUAUUUUACGUCUUGAUGAUAGCAUACGCGUUAUUUCUUGUUUCAUUUAAUAUUUUUGUUGUUAAUGUUUUUUAUUGUAAGGACAAUAUGUUGCACGUUAAUAUAUCAGAAUCUCCAUUGAAUCGAACAACAAAUUCAGCCGAAUUACCUUGGUUUGAAAUGUUCGACAGAUGGUACUUCCUUCUAUUGGCCCUGAUAUACGUUUCUAUUAGUUUACUAGGUUUACAGGAAUCUUUUUACAUUUAUUUGAAAAGGCUACACUACUUUGAUAGUCUGGAGUCAUGGGUGAAACUGACUGGUCUCACCCUCGCCGCCGGUCUUCCGCUAACUGUGCAUUUUAUGGAGAUGGCAGCCUGGCAACGUCACGUCGCCUGUGCCGCGCUGUUGCUGGUCUGGCUUCAAGCGAUGUUCUUGCUGUCCCGAUUUCCAGGGUGGGGGUACUACGUCCUCAUGUUCGGGAAAGUCGCAAUAAAUAUGUUUAAGGUUUUCAUCACGUCUAUUUGUUUAGUUGUUGGAUUUGCUUUUUGUUUUAUGAUACAAUUCCAAUCUGAACCGCCUUUUGAUGGUCCGAUAUCUGCAGUUGUCAAAACAUUAAUUAUGAUGUCUUCAGAGUUUGAUUAUGAAGACCUCUUUGGACAAGCCCAUGAUAAACAACUUCAACACUCCAGAACAAUCGUCCGAUUGCUCUUUUUGGUAUUUGUUAUUUUCGUAGCAAUUGUUCUGGUGAACUUUAUGAUAGCUGUCGCCGUCAGUGAUAUUAACAACUUGAACAUAGCAGGAAAUAUUGGCAGGCUUGAGAAACAAGUGGAGUUACUCAGUUCUUUAGACGUUUUAGUUAACUGUGGACCAUUGUCAAGAAUGUUCAAAAAUAAGUACGGCGGUAAAAGGUAUCACAAAAAGAUGUAUAAUUCAAUCAAAGCCAAUAGGACGUGGUUUGUGGAGUGUUCGUCUUCAGUUGAAAUGUACCCUCAGGUUCUUCCUUCAGCACUAUACAGAGCUAUCAUAGAUAUAGCGAGAAAAAAAGAUGAACGUAUUAUGAAAAGUGAUGUAAAAAACACUUCGAAGACUAAACUAGAUGCUGUGUAUGACGCUAUUAUAGGCGGCGGGUACGGAAAUGAUAUUAAUAAUAAAGAGAAAGAAACCAAUUCAUAUUGGCUAAGGGAGACAAUACUAAAACAGAAGGAGAAGAUAGAUCAAUUACAAUGUGACAUCCUCGCUAUUAAAGAAAUGUUGGCAGAUAUGAAAGCUAACAAAAAUGUAGGCGAAAGAAUUAGCUUGUGAUUUUAAUAAGGCAAAAAGCAAAGGUGGCGAGUGGAUAAUUUUAUAAAGUGAGUCGCAACGAAAGUACCUGACUGAAAUUGAGACAAGCUCAAGGACAUUAUUAAGUAAUAAUACUAAAUUUGUAAAAAAAACACACACGAUUUAGAAACAUUGAAGAGUUUAAAUUUUUAGGGCUUACUAAUACAAAUGAUGAGCUACGGGCGUGUAACAGCAAAUGUUAUUUUAUCAGGUGUGAAUAAAACAAAAUAUUAAAUAACAAGCGAUAGUUUUCGCUCAUAGCAAAGACUUAUAAACAAACACCUUCUUUCAAGGACAUUUAUUUCCAUCUAAUAUUUUUAAAUUGUUUCUCAUAAAAUUUAGCACACAGCUGACACGGACUUUAUUUAACUAUGUUUAUCAUUUUCAGGUAAAAGGGUAAAAUGUCGUAAAUAAAGGAUAUUUCCGCCCGAGAAAAUGGAUUCUCACAUCAAGUAUUAGAACAAAAUGUCGUGUUGUAUAAAAUUCGUCGCAGCACCAUGCGACGCGAGUUUAUUGACUUGCAUUCUGCUCUGUGUCGCCGGUACCUAGC